AGUUUCUGAACUACACGAUAUCAAAACUGUGGGAAAAUUCAGAAAAACAGAUAAUUCUUAUCGUUCCUAGUUAUACAUAACUUCAAUGAUGCUUGCAGGAUUACUUGUACGAAGAGUGCUUUUGAAACAGCCUUUAAAAGCAACGAUCGGUAACGGUUUAUUAUUGCUAAAAGAAGGAAGAUCGUGCUUUUCUACAACGACUCGUCGCUUGGCUGACUUGAAUGUUGGACUAAAACGUGGUCAUCCUGUUAUUUCAAUACCUCUCCCAACAACAAGCGAAACGUGUGAGUUCACUUUGUAUGAUGCGCAGUCGGUCAGGAGCUUUAUUGAGAAUAUUAAGGAAGAAGAUGAUGGUGUUAAGGAAGCAGUGAUACAAUCCUUGGACGGCAAUCGUGUAGCGCAGACAACGAGGCUAAGUGCCUUGCUGACUGAGGGGUUUCAACUAAAAAUUAAUGAUGAGAUGCAUACUGUACAUUCAUCCAGUGAAGUAAGUGCUGCAGUUCAAGAAACGUCUUUGGAGACCGUCCGAGAUCUUGUUGAAAAGUUGUAUGUAAGCCUUGAUAUUGGGGACAAAAAGACCGGAACAGAACAGCAACUUGUUGAGGAAUUGGAAAAGAUUCAAGCAGAAUUAGAACCGCUUGAACAGCAACGACAACAGCUGGAAAAAGGCGUAGAAACACGAACGAACGUAUUUGUUUGGGGAGGCUUGGCUUUCAUGGCCGUCCAGUUUGGUUUCCUAGCGCGACUAACUUGGUGGGAAUAUUCCUGGGAUAUCAUGGAACCUGUGACGUAUUUCGUGACGUAUGCAACCAGCAUGGCGUGUUACGCGUAUUUCGUGUUGACAAGACAGGAGUACAUGUACCCGGAAGCCCGCAAUCGUCAAUUCUUAAUUUCCUUCCAUAAGAAAGCCAAACGCCACGGCUUCGACAUUGAAAAGUACAACAGCUUACGCGAGGCCAUCGCUAAAAUCGAAGCUCAGUUGGAAGAAAUGCAUCAGCCUGACAAAUCCACUGAUGAAUAGGACCUUAUUUUGAAAUAAUAGGACAUUCUUUACUUAGGUAAUUUGAAAUGAAUUAAUGACUACCAAAAAAAUAUAUUAAGAUCCAGUGUAACACAAGACAAUAUAUAGACACUUUCUGAAUAUUCUCACUGGCAAUAAAAACCACGUUGUUCGUCUCGUCACCUUAGUUGUGACAGUGUGCACACAGGAAAAUUCGGAAAGUGUCUAUUUUUGUUGCAAUUUUAAUUGAUACAGGUCUGCGUUAGGUAUCAAUCUCGUGUUCCACUGACAUUACUCUUGUCAAACUUGCAAACAUGACAUAGUUCUGAAGAGCUUGCGAAGUUACAGACAAAUUUACCCCGUGUAACAAACCUCUCGAUAACAAACCCUUGUCCGACAUCCGCUGUGCAGUCAUACAGUGUGCAUCACAUCACUUACAGACAUCGCUGUGUCACAUGCAGGUGUUCAGCUGUCGUUAAAUGUAUUUCUAUGACUCGUUUAGAGCGAGUCUUUAUUGUAAGAAUUGUAAAUAUUUCUAGAACCUUGACUAAGCAUAAUUUCAUUAAAAUGACCGCCAUGAAUUUGAAAUAAAGUUCAUUGAAGUGGAGCAGGGUAAAACAAGAUAAUAAAAUUCAAGUUUAAUUCAAUUUUUUUGGCACAAAAUUUACAAAAAAUAAAUACUAGAUAAUAGACUACUCUAGAAAAUAUCCU